AUGCCGAAUGCAAAAUCGCUUAGAAAAGUUAGUAGAUUACUCAAGCAUAAAAACGGAGCACUUCAUCCUGGCAGUCGGAAAGCCAAACUUUUGACUAGGGCUACUCUUCGAGAAGAGAAGGUAGGAAGGAUUAAAAAAAUACACCAGAGAAUAAAAGACAAUGAUUUGUUGAUGGAGAAAUUCUUUCAGGAAUGCAUAAAUACGGGUGAUUUAGUAGAGAAGGACAAAUUUACGAUACAGGAUAUGCAGAGUAUGCUCGAUAUGUUUAUUAAGAGAGAUGAUGAGGAGUUGGAUCUGUUGAAGAAGCUGAGAAGAUCUGGAAGGCCUCCAUCAAGGAGACAAGUUGUGUUACAAUUGAAACGGGAACAUGAGUAUCGUGUGUUUUCAACAGGAUGGAAGAUUCCUGAUUUGGAUGAUACCAGAACAGUCGAGCUAUUCCGAAAAUGGAAGGGUGAUAAUGGAGGAUUGACGGCACUUAAAUUCAGAGAGAUCAAGCAGAAUGAUAUGGUGAUGGAGUAA